UCAAAAUUCGUUUAUCGAGCCAAUUAUCAUUUGGGUCUGAUCUUCUCUCUACGAUUUUUUUUUAACCAAAAAAAAAAAAAAAGAGUUUCGCAUAUUCUUGAUGGAUCAAGAGAGCAAGGAAAAGGGUUUCGACGGGAUAGAGAGAGGAUCAAACGGUCAAAAGAGUGGGAGAAUUGGGUGUGAGUUAGUGCUGAGAUUGUUGGCUUUGGUCCUGAACUUGGCAAGUGCAGUGAUUCUUGGUGUUGGCAAAGAGACCAAGAUUGUGUCUGUCAAGCUUGUUCCAACUUUGCCUGCCGUCGAUGUCUCUUCCACUGCUAAAGCCACUUACUUGUCUGCCUUUGUGUACAACAUUUCAGCAAACGCAAUCGCUUGCGGCUACGUGGCCGUUUCGACGCUGAUUCUCAUGGUCACGAGAGGCAAGAGCAAGCCCUUGGCGGCGGUGCUGCUCGUCGGCGAUCUCGUGAUGGUGGCCCUGCUUUUUUCCGGCACCGGAGCGGCCGGAGCGAUCGGGCUAAUGGGUUUUCAAGGGAACAAACACGUGAUGUGGAACAAAGUCUGCAAUGUCUUCGGGAAGUUCUGUCACACUGUCGCCUCUUCGCUCGUCAUCUCUCUCCUUGCCUCUGUCGUGUUUAUGGUUCUUGUCGUGUUUGACGCUAUGAGGGUUUCCUAAUUCUCAUUAGGCGCUUUGGGAAUUUGCUAUAUUGUGGUUUCAUCACGUUGCUAAUAACGUUACUUUGCCUGUUUCUGCCAUAAAAUUUUCUUCUUAUGAAUGUGCAUGUAUGGUCCCAUGUCCAUAUCUUUCAUACACUGUAACGCAUCUGAAAGAGAGAUGCAUAAGCAAAUCUAAAUCUUGAAUCCAAUAUUGUAAGAUAUUUUCAAGUUUUCAUGUAUUUAAUUUUUUUUU